AUGGGUGCUAGCGUGAGAUUGAAAAUUCUGGAAACAGAGAUCUACUUAGACGUUAACGUAUUGUCAAUGCCACAGGACAGUACUCCACCGUUGGUUUCGUUGAAGAGUUACUACAAUAUUGAGCUGUCCAGAAUAAAUUGCUUUCAACGAUUCUCAGAACAACCAAAGUAUAGCGAAGUGAAUCCGGGUCAGGACGCCUUAUUAACAUGCAAAGUAAUCGAUAAGCGAGGCACAUGCUCAUGGCAAAAGGAUAACAAGCCCGUAGGUAUCUAUGCCAAAAAAUACGAAUGGGCUGCCCGGCCUUCCAGCAACAACGGCGGUAGCCUGCAUUUAGACUUACACCCGCCGCCAAUGCAAAUUGGUGGUGAUUGUUCGCUGUGGAUACGUUCAGCGACGCUGGACUUCGAUGAUGGCUUGUGGGAAUGCCAAGUGACGGCGAGUGAUUUCACAACACAGGAUGCACUCACCAGUCAGCCAGUGCGAUUGGUUGUCAGAGUUGUGCCACAACGUCCACGCCUGGAGUAUGAGGGUGCACAUGUGCCGCCCGGUCAUAAUAUAACCAUAGAGUCAGGCGCACUGGCGACCGUUAAAUGUGUAUCGCACUAUGGCAAUCCGCCGGCGACGCUCAAAUGGUAUCUUGGUGACCAAGAGAUUCAACCCAUUCAUCCGCAAAUCAACAACACUGAAGCGGAUAAUCCUCGCACCUGGUCGGCAACAUCUGUAGUGCAGGUGACAGCUAUGCGUGAACGUCAUGGUGAUAUUUUACGUUGCUUGGCCUUUCAUGAGUCCUAUACGGCCAAAUCGGUGCCGGUGGAGGCGCGUAUGGAUGUUAAAUAUGCGCCAACGAUCCGUCUAAUUGGCUCACCGGAAAUCGACUUGGAGGAGGAUAAGGAUGCGCUUAUCCUGCGUUGCGUCGCCGAUGCCAAUCCACCGGCAAGCAUCGUUUGGCGACGCGCCGGACGUUCGGAAAUUGCCAGUUUGCAGGAAACCCUGCAACUACGUCCUGUGGGCCGUCGAGAUGCCGGUCUCUACACAUGCCAAGCACAAAAUUCUGUAGGCACCUCAGAGCAACUCUCCGUGCAGCUGGACGUUAAAUAUCCACCGAAAAUUGUCUCAGCCGGUCCAGAUCGGCUUACUACAGCGCCACUUUUCAGUCCAGCCGCAUUUGAAUGUGUCGCCGAAGGCAAUCCAAUGCCGAACUACAAAUGGGUGCAAAGAAUCGCCCACGGUUCCAAAUUUGUGGAACGUGGCAGUGAGCCACGUCUCGUCAUCGAUAAUGUGACCUAUGACUAUCAGGGCGAAUAUGAAUGCCGUGCAACUAAUUAUAUAAACGGACAAGAACGGGUUGCAGUAUCCGAGCCAAUCUCCUUGCAAGUUGUGGGUGCUCCACAAGUAUUACGCCCACAUCCAUCAAUGCACACCAUCUCAGUGAAACGUGGCGAACCAGCCAGUAUGUCAUUGGUGGUCUGCGCAGAUCCACGACCACAUCGAGUCUCCUGGGAAUGGGGAUCAUUGCGGCUGGAAGCUGGUUCAGGAAUCGGUGAGUUGAAUAUCGGCUUUAUGAAAUAG